GUGAGAAUCUGGAGCUCAGCUGAGAGGCUGCGUUGAGAACCUGUGAAGCUGAAGUUUACUGUCAGAUGAACUCUGACAGUGUGAGCAGGAGCACACAGGGAUUUUCCUGUUUUGCCCGCUGCUGUGUGCUCCUCUCUUUGGAGGGGAGCAGUGAGACCUGGAGGACAGUCUGUAGCUUCUGAUUGCAGGCAAAGAAACAGUUUGGUAGUAGCUAUGGAUGUGCUUCUUCCAUUUGUGAGCAUCUGUCAGUCAGCAACUGAACUGAGCUUGGCUUUAGAAAGGUCACUGGAAGAAUUAGUAUUGGUGAGAGUCUGAGAGAUCAUGUAUAAUCUCAUCUGGCCUCAAGAGGUGAAAAGCUUGGCUUUCUCAGGAUUACCAUUACACAGGAAUGGUUUUGAUAAUGAAGCAAGUUUUAGAAGUCCCCUUUUUGCCCCUGCUUCCCACUCUGCUUCAUGACUGGGCAAUUACAGCUGUUUAUCUGGCUGCAGCAAAUUGGGUCAUUGAACUGAUCCGAGCUAAAAAUAGGCAUCCCCAACAUGAGCAGCAUUGAUGCAACGGAAGAGUUGUGACCAGUGGCAGGGAGGAUCAUAAACUCAUUUUGCUGCUGGAGCCAGAGUAACUCAUCACCGUGCGCUCUCUCUGUUAUGUGCUCGCUUUGUUCCGCCUUGACAGUCAAAGAGGAGAUUUGAAAGGAAGAGGAUUCGAGCUUGAUUGUGGUCAGCAGAUCAAAAAAUGCCGUCUCAAAAUUAGCUGUGCUCCUCUCUGAUUAACUUGUAUGCUUUACAGCUCUAAAUAAUAAUUUCCUGUCUGCUGAGUAGGCCCAGUCAAGAAGACUAAUCAGUGUGCAAACAUUGCCGCUAAAGAGUGCGGAUACAGAGUCUGGCUGCCAGUGAUGCAUGAAAUGGAACAGAAUAGGUCUAGGCUUCCUGCAGCAGAGCCAGCUCUUCUGCUGGCUAGGCUUGGUUUUGCAAAUUUAACUGCAAAAAGGCUACUAGGUGUCCUUAAAUCUCAUGCGAUUCAUUAUUAAAACCCAAAACAACCCAAAAAACCCCACGUCCCAAAAAAAUCGCCCUUAAAAUAACAGCCGCGUCACAUUUACAGAAAGUCUUUCCCUACCCUGCUGUGGUAGGAUCAGGAAAGACAAAUGUGGAGAGGGUGGAUGGUGUUUCUUAAAUGUACAGGAAUGGCUGCAGGCAAGUCUAAUCUGUUAUCUUUUCAUUUUGCGAAGCAAGAUAGAGGAUGUAAAGAAUGAGUGAAGACUCCCCUAAUUUUCGCAUAUUAAACUGUUGUUUUAUGUUGUGACUAUCUCUUCAGGCUCCUGUUCUGUGAAUUUCUCCAGUAUGGGCUGUGUUUCUGUGUUAUUCUCAGUCUGUCCUAGUGUACAGGCAGGAAUAGAGGUUGCACACAGCAGCGCUGUCUGGAUUAGCUCCUGCAGAACUCCAGGUAUCACACAGGGAAUGUGGUGUGUCCUGAGAUAUCCCUGUCUGUUUCUGAUGCCCUGCUUUUUGAUCCUUCUUUGUUUUGCUUCUCCUCAGCUUAAUGAAUACUUUGUUAUACUGAUGUACAGCACUCUGUGUGAUGAAACCUUGUAAUGAGCACCUGUAAUCUGUGGGGUUUUUACAGCCUGAAUGAGAAGACACAGAAAAAACAAGUUUGAAGAGAGUUGUGUGGACCAAGCAGUAGAGUUUGGGUUAGAAAACUGUACAAUGGCUGCAGUAGCCCAGAAGCACUUUUUGGAGGGGCAGACAUACUCAGUCCCCCUGAUCCAACCGGACUUACGCAGGGAGGAGGCUGUUCAGCAGGUGGCAGAUGCACUUCAGUACCUGCAAAAGGUGUCUGGUGAUAUAUUCAACAGGAUCUCUCAGCGGGUGGAGGCCAGCCGGGCACAGCUUCAGGCAAUUGGUGAGAGAGUCACACUCGCCCAAGCGAAGAUUGAGAAGAUAAAAGGCAGCAAAAAGGCUAUUAAGGUAUUUUCCAGUGCCAAGUACCCAGCCCCUGAACGGCUGCAGGAGUACAGUUCAAUUUUUGCUGGUGCAGAAGACCCAGCUAAACAGAAAGGGCCAAGGCACAAGAUUCAGAGCAAACAUCGAAUGCUGGAUGAGAAAGCUCUGCAGGAAAAGCUCAAGUAUUUCCCCGUGUGCGUGAGCACCAAAAUUCACCAGGAGGAUGAUGCAGAAGAAGGCCUUGGCAGCCUGCCCAGGAACAUCAGCUCCCUCAGCUCCCUGCUGCUCUUCAAUACCACUGAGAACCUGUACAAGAAGUACGUUUUCCUGGAUCCUCUGGCUGGAGCAGUGACCAAGACCCAUGUGGCUCUGGAAACAGAGACAGAAGAGAAGCUCUUUGAUGCUCCUCUCUCCAUCACCAAAAGGGGACAGCUGGACCGACAGGUAGCUGAAAAUUACUUCUAUGUGCCAGAUCUGGGCCAAGUCCCUGAGAUUGAUGUGCCAUCCUACCUGCCAGACCUGCCUGGCAUCGCUGCAGAUCUCAUGUACAGCGCUGACCUGGGCCCCGGCAUUGCACCGUCUGCCCCCAGCAGUGCUAUUCCAGAGCUGCCCACCUUCAACACUGAGUUGGUGGAGCCUCUGCAACCAGAUCUUCAAGAUGCUGAACUAUUGCCACCUCCGCCCCCUCCGCCUCCCCCGCCGCCUCCUGUUGUGCCAACCACUGUGCCUCCUCCGCCGCCCCUGCCCCAGCCCACGGCCCCCUCUGAGCCGGCCCGGACAGCGAGCGAGGAGAGCAGCAACACAGUGCCUGCAGCUUCUGUCCAGGGAGCCCCAAAGGAGGUGGUGAACCCUUCUACUGGGCGUGCCAGUCUCCUGGAGUCCAUCCGCCAGGCCGGUGGCAUUGGGAAGGCCAACCUCCGCAGUGUCAAGGAGAGGAAGCUGGAGAAAAAGAAACAGAAGGAACAGGAACAAGUGAGAGCUACAGGACAAGGUGGAGAUUUGAUGUCAGACCUCUUCAAUAAACUGGUGCUGAGGCGCAAAGGUAUUUCAGGGAAAGGGCCAGGAGCCUCUGGGAAUGCCGAUGCUCCAGGCAGUCCUGCUGGUGCCUUUGCUCGCAUGUCGGACUCAAUACCACCCCUCCCACCCCCACAGCAGCCCGUGGGUGAGGAGGAUGAGGAUGACUGGGAGUCAUAGAUGGGGUCAGUUGAGCAUUAGUGUCAAUCUGCUGCUGUCUGAAAAAUUUAAUAAAGUUGAAGGAAGCAGGUCCUUCCACCUUCA